GCCGGUUUAAUAUUUCUCGGGAACAAUUUUGCUAUCUUGUUACAAUAUGUUGCCCUCCACCAGCACGCGGUAUACCACAAUGCUUCGCUAAAAUUCCUAUACUCGUGCAAGCGUGAACGAAUGUUUCCCAGUUUUAUUGCGAAUAGAUUCACUCAGUUACCCUAUCAAAACAAUCGCGACGUCCAGUCAAAUAUAUUGAACCUGAAGACUGCUCUUCUCAAUGCGGCAAUAGCUGAACGUCGUCGUCAGAAGUCAUUCUGCAUACGCGGGAUAACCGUCCAUCGAAAUAGACUACGUUCAGAAUUAUCACCAGAACUAUGGCAAAGAAUGUCUUCAGAAAACCAGAGAAUAUGUUCUCGACUGCGUGAAGACCAAAAUCGUCAUUUUGAUAGAAAACUCAAUCUGUUGCGAUCACAUCCACGAACUUACCAACAACCACGGUGGUUUGAAGGAAAUAUUAUCCCACCGACACGACAUGUGGUCAUUGGAACAAAUGAAGUUGAUAGUGAUAUGGCAGCCGUCCUCAAUCUUGGACCAUCAUUUGCAAUAACACCGAGGGUAAACACUACAGUAAUCGACUCAGCGCUUUGUGGAAUCUAUCAAUUUGCGUAUCAACUACGUUGGAGAACACAUCGUGGACCAACCGUACUCGAUCAACAUGAUACGCUGAUGUCGCUGAUGCCUUUCAAAGGAAAAUUCAUACAAAUACCCCCAUCGUCGACUGACCUUGAUGCUAGAAUAGCUGAUCUGGAGCAUAACAUUCAACGCAUUUAUCGAAACGCGAUGGAUGAGCCUUACCAUAGUAAUUUAACAUCGGCUGAACGAAGAGGAGUAAAGAAAAUACUACAGUCGAAAAGAACAUUGAGGUACACAGUUGGAGACAAAUGCGGUUCCUUUGUUGUGAUGCCCCAAAGUUUGGAUAAGGCCUUAACCGCCAACGUUCUCUCAGAUACAAGUGUGUAUGAGGAAACUACUCCGUCAGCGUUCGAAAUAGCAUGGAAGAAAGUGAAAAGUGUCAUUACGUCGAUAGUGAAGAAGCGUAUGAGUUCGGAAAUGGCGAAGCGAUUGCAUGGUAUGGUACCAACAGUGCCAACGCUCUACAAUUUGGUGAAGACGCACAAAAUCCCAUCAACGGCGGACACAGUGUCACUUCAACUCAUGCAUGAUACUAAUUCGGGAGUGAUUCGUGAAGCGUGCACUAUCGGAGAUUGUCCUCGAUCCUCACUGAGGCUUAGUGUCACGUUCGUUUCCGUCACAAAAGUGCCGACCUAUUUCCUUCCCUUCAAAUACUCACUGCAACCGCUGCAGAUCAGUUCUGCCUCCAUGAUUCUGCUGCUCUUCAUUGUUGCGAGCGCCCAGGCGUUGCCGUACUAUUCUCCUUAUCCACAAGUGAGUUCUGACUCAGUGGAUGCCACCAAAACUGUGGGAGCGUCUCUUUCCGUCAUAGAGCCUAAA